UGCGCGAUGGUUGAAUUUUGAUUCACUGCUUUUGAAUACUUGUUUGACUUGCUCUGUUGCACUAUCUUGCCAAGAAAAAAGAAUUUACUUCCCCACUAAGGUAUUUGUUUGAAUGAUAUCUCUUAAUCUUUUUGAUGUUGCUAGCAGCUAUCCAUUACUCAGUCAUGUGGAUGAAAGAACCGUGCCCGACAAGUGUAACUUGAAGAUGAUCACGCUCAAAAGAUAUUUCUUUUCAUACAUUGCUACCCUGAGUUUCCAGACGUUCCUGCAUAAUGUAAUCUAAAUUCCGAAUGCGUGUGCUGACUUGCAGAUAACCCACCACAAAGUACUGCCGACACCCAUUUGAAGCUACAUUUAAUUUCCUUCGGACGAACCCCAAGAUUGAAGCAUGUUUACACGUAUGCCGCUGUUUGGUACUACGGGCAUUCCUUACAAGUCUACAUGGCAUCUACAAUCUAGAACCCACCGCGGACGGGAGUAAUAAUGUUGUUAAAUCGUGUUUUCUCUAUUCCGUUUCCAGAUUCAGCGCAGUGUGGCAUUGGCGGUGGCGGCGGUGGCAGCGGCAUCGGCGCGAAUGCCGGUCUAACAGGUGGCGGAACUCUUCCGCGGAGGACAGCGGUCGGCUACACAGGCAAGAACCAGAGUCCCCUGGGGGGCUCGGGAGCUGGGCUGGGUGGUGGUGCCCAUCUUAUCUCGCCGGGUGGUAACUCUGGCGGUCCCGGAGGUGGCACAAUCAUCGGGGGAACCCUCACGCACCACUCGCACGGAGGUGGUCGACCCACUGUUGGGGGCAAAGAUGGCAGCAGCGGCGGUGGAAUCGCCGGCAAUGGGUCCGGCUCCAAAACGGUGAAACUGGACGACCUGAUACACCUGCCGGGACCGCUAACCGAGGAUGCGGUCAUGCGAACGCUCCACACCAGAUUCAACGAGGGGAAGUUUUUCACCAACGUUGGACCGAUUCUUCUCUCCGUAAACCCAUAUCACGAUGUUGGUAAUCCGCUAACACUAUCGUCAACCCGUUCCGUCCCAUUAGCACCUCAACUGCGCAAAAUAGUACAAGAAGCCGUCCGGCAGCAAGCGGAAACAGGCUACCCCCAAGCCAUCAUUCUAUCAGGUACAUCCGGUUCUGGCAAGACGCACUGCUCGAUGUUGCUCCUCCGGCAGCUAUUCGCAGUGGCCGGAGGGGGUCCCGAAACUGACGCAUUCAAACAUCUGGCCGCCGCUUUCACCGUGCUCCGAUCGCUGGGCUCGGCCAAAACCUCCACAAACUCGGAAUCGAGUCGGAUUGGGCAAUUUAUCGAGGUGCAAGUAACGGACGGGGCGCUCUACCGGACCAAAAUCCACUGUUACUUCCUGGACCAAACCCGUGUCAUAAGGCCAUUACCGAACGAGAAAAACUACCACAUCUUCUACCAAAUGUUAGCUGGACUGAACGCAGAGGAGUGUGCUCGACUGAAUCUCGAAGGUUACUCACCGGCCAAUCUGAGGUACCUGCAGAACGGCGACAUCCGACAGGACGAACAUGAGGAUGCAGCGCGGUUUCAAGCGUGGAAGGCAUGCCUCGGAAUUUUGGGCAUUCCCUUCCUGGACGUGGUACGAGUGCUGGCGGCAGUCCUUCUACUGGGCAACGUGCAGUUUGUAGAUGGCCAGGGUCUCGAGGUGGAGGUGAGCGGCGAAACGGAAUUGAAUGCGGUAGCCAAUUUGCUAGGAGUACCCCCUGCGCAGCUGUUCCGUGGCCUUACCAUUCGGACGCACAAUGCACGCGGUCAGCUGAUAAAGUCGGUCUGUGACGCCAACAUGUCCAAUAUGACGAGAGAUUCUCUCGCCAAAGCGCUCUACUGCCGUACGGUGGCAACCAUCGUGCGGAGAGCGAACAGCCUGAAACGCUUGGGGUCGACGUUGGGAACGCUCAGCUCCGACAGUAAUGAAUCCGUGCACAAUCAAGCAGAAGUGGCAAGUCAGCAUGCGUCCACAAUCGGAGGAAAUGCCGGCUCGAAAUCGAUGGCCGCUCUCAAUAAUGCGGUGCGACAUGCAACCGAUGGAUUUAUUGGCAUUCUGGACAUGUUUGGCUUCGAAGAACCCCGACCCGCGCAGUUGGAACACCUAUGUAUCAAUCUAUGCGCCGAAACAAUGCAGCAUUUCUACAAUACUCACAUCUUCAAAAGCUCGGUUGAAUCGUGCCGAGAGGAAGGAAUCAUUUGCGACACCGAGGUAGACUACGUGGACAAUGUUCCCUGUAUCGAUUUGAUAUCGUCUCUCCGUACCGGCUUGCUCAGCAUGCUGGACGCCGAGUGCUCCGUUCGCGGUACGGCAGAGAGCUAUGUGGCAAAAAUCAAAGUGCAGCACAGGAACUCCGCUCGGUUGGAACAACGCGCAUCGGAACCGUACGAUCCGCGAAUGUUUGCCAUCAGGCACUUUGCCGGGCGCGUCGAAUACGAUACGACGAACUUUUUGGACACGAACCGCGACGUCGUACCGGAUGAUUUGGUGUCGGUGUUUUACAAACACACCUGCAACUUUGGAUUUGCGACGCACCUGUUUGGAACGGAGCUGAAGGCGCUCUAUGCCCAGGAAAAUGUACCACGUGGUUUGAGUUUCCGAAUUGCGCCAACUUCACACACCGACUUGUUGAAUGGAGACGAGCCGGUUUCGACACUGACGCAGGACUUCCACACGAGGUUGGAUAAUUUACUGCGGACAUUGGUGCAUGCGCGACCGCAUUUUGUACGGUGCAUUCGUAGCAAUACAGCGGAGAAGGCAGGUGUAUUCGACCGUGGCACCGUGGUGCGACAAAUCCGCGCCCUUCAGGUGUUGGAAACCGUGAAUUUAAUGGCCAGUGGAUUUCCACAUCGAAUGCGUUUCAAACAGUUUACCGCACGCUAUCGAAUGUUGGCACCGUUCCGACUACUCAGGCGCUGCGAGGAGAAAGCUCUAGAAGACUGUAAACUGAUUUUGGACUUUGCGCUGGAAAACCCUCCAGAGCUGGAUGGAUCGGUGACGUUGUCAUGGGCCCCUGGUAAAAGACACGUUUUUCUUAGCGAGGGCAUUCGGCAACAUUUGGAAAACUUGAGGACGGAAGUUCGCAUGAAGAGUGCCACAUUGAUACAAGCGACGUGGCGCGGAUGGAAUUUAAGAAAACGAUUGGGUACCAUCCGGAGAUCUCACGAGAUCAAACUGGUUGGGAAUGGACUGCUCACGUUGAACAAAAGUUCUGGUAAGAAUGUGUUUUUUUAUUUUAUUUUAACCAAUGAUCUAAACAACUUGCUUUCAAUUUCAGCUGCUAGACCUGGAAAUACAGGACCUACGACUAAAGCCAACAAUACGGGAACUGCGACGAGACCGAGGCCACAACCUAUUGCCGGUACACCACCUCCUGAUCCCAAUGAGAAGUGUGACUCCAAGAUCAUUGCUCAAACCUGUACACUAUUUGGCCUGGAUCUGGAACGCCCUCCCCCAGUACCGCCAUCGCGAUCCUACACCGUGACAGGAAACUCCAAACUCGGUUACCCGCAAACGCGAAUCAUGAAAAUGAACUUCCCGGAAGAUUCGGUGGCAGCAUCCGUUGGAGAACAGCUACGUAAAGGAGAAGCCGUUACCGUUACCGGAGCUUCACAUCGGCGGGGCCACCUAAUUGUCGAGCACAAUGGCAUUAGCUUGCACGUUCCGUUCCAAUACAUGGAAUUGGUAAAGACAACAUCAUCUCCUCCGCCUCCCUCUGGUGCCUCUGUCAACAUCUAACUCUGUAUGAUCCGGGACGGAAGCGCCCAAGCAGCUUUGUACUGACUGAUCAGCCUCGUACGCCAAUUUAAACUAUCCUCAAUGUCUUCCAUUCACAACACGAAACUUCAACCACAGGUUAUUUAAACAUCGAUACAUACUUGUUAAGCAUUCAUCGAUAGCAUUUUUAUCCUAGUUGAUAAGGCAAUACAGAGACAAAUCUUAUACAACAUAAUAUUUACCAUUUAUCAGCGCGUUUCAACGUAUUUAAUACAAACGUUAAGAAGUACUACAUUUUAGGACUGAUAAGUAUCUGUAUAAGACUAAGCCGUUAAGGGUACACUUUUUACAAACUGAUUAUUUUCAUAAGUACACCAUACUCUAUAGAAACACCGAUUCUAUGAGGAUUCUUAAGUGCCAACUAUUUCUGUUUAGAAAUUUCACACAUUGUUACUCGUUAAGCGCAUAUUUCCUGCCAAUGGUAUUCAACCGCAUGGACACUUUCAGGCAUGGGCCAAACUGGGUUCAUUUACAACGAAAUAGAACUUUUGUAAGUAUACUAGAAUAGGUAAAAACUGCCACAACACAUCACCAGACGACGAAAAACGAAGAUUUUUGUUUACCCAAUCAAUAGAACUGAAUUGGAUCAUAGAAAUAGCACUACGGUCUACCUCCCAGAGCUUCCACAAACAAACAAACAAAAAAUCCGCAAUCAGAAACCGGACAAAACCGAAACACAUACUUGCCAUGUAAAUAGUAAAUCAGAAAAGUUAAGAAAGGACCAAGGCGUGAGUAUGUUUACUCCUGCGUCACGCAUCGAGGAGAUAUUCCAUGCUCUUCAUGCCUAGCAACUACAACGAUUGGGCUUUUGACUGCUAUAAUGGAAAGACCGUAUAUAUUCCGUUUUUUCUCCGUAAAGAAUCAAAAUUUCUGAGCAGCAAUAGCGUAUUGCCAAUAAUUAGUGAAAUUGCAAACCGCUAAGAAGGUUAAAUAUACAUAGAUGAAAAUGUUAAA